UCCUAGCAAUAUGGAUAAGACACAGGAGCCACCCAAGAAAUGUUACUGUGCGAGGUGCUUUCUUCCCGUCGAAGCUGAAGAUAGGGUCGAUAUCGAAGGGCAAAGCUUCCACAGGCUUUGUAGCAUGUGCUGCGUCUGCCGAACGAUUCCUCCAUCACUAAAGAUGUUCUACGGCCACGUGUUCUGCAAUGAAUGCUUUAAGAUGCACGUGCUAUCGCGAUUCAGGGGCGACAACCCCCGCAUGCAUUCCAAUAGCUGGUGGAUGCAGUGGGCGCCUGGCACGAAGCCGCAAGAGGCUAACUGUCAAAAUGAGAGCAAAGAAACGAGAUCCGAAGACCAACCAGCACCAGAAGAGCCACAAAAGAAAUGCAUCUGCGCGCGCUGCCUGCAGAGUGUCGACGAGAAUGAGAAGGUGAACAUCAGUGGGCAGAGCUUCCACCCCCAGUGUGCUAAGUGCUACUUCUGCCACACGAUCCCCACGGACAACAUCAAGAUAUACUACGGACAAGUGUUCUGUGAAGAGUGCUUUAACAAGCACGUUCUAAACCGGAAUAAGGACAACCCAUCAGAGUUCUUUAAGAACUGCUUCGAGCAAUGGCAGAAUAAUACUCAGUUUGCUGAGAACAUGAGGGAAUUCCUCGCAGGGAAUAAGGAGAGCGCGCCUUUUAUAUUCAUGAUGCAAGGACAGCAGCCGCCGUUCUGUCGGUGUGGCACCGGACCCCAGGAUUGGUUUCAGAAUAAUGAGCCAAAGAAAUGCCUUGUGCACGCCAGUACAGUUCACCCCUUAUCCGAAGACGAGCGUGAAAAUAGUACUAUGCAAACUGCAACACCCGCCGUAUCAAUCGGAGAAGCUUCGUUUGGCACCUGGGACUUAUCGUUCGAGAACCGGACCGAAGUCUCGGAUAUGCCCGAAUCGUGCCAAGCCAUCGACGAAUCAGCAAACGUGGAAAAUUCUAACGUGUCUGCAGCAGAAAAAAUCGAAAAGCUGACAAAAUAUCUUCACGAGAGAGGUUUAAGUGGACCAGAAAAACUCAUGAAAAAAUGGCAAAACUUCAAUGAGAAUGAUAAAUUUUCGAAUGGCUCCGAUUAUGAAGAGCAUUCGUAUUGCCGAUGGGUGGACCUACAAGAGCCAAAGCGUAGUGCCCCAUUGGAUUGUCCUAAGUGUUUGUGGCAGUGUGGUCCUAUUUAUGUAAACAGUGAUUAUUUGCAAAAAGAAGUUUGUUGUGGAGAGAUUUAUGAAUAAAAAUGUGGUGUCAAUCUUUAA